AUGUUCCGCUCAGCACUUUCAAGGCCUGCCCUCGCCGCCGCACGCGCUGCCAGAAUUCCAGCCGCGCGGCCUGUGCUUGCUCGCGGAUAUCACGAGAAAGUGAUAUCCCACUACGAGAACCCACGAAAUGUUGGAUCUCUCCCCAAAACCGACAAGGACGUUGGCACUGGCCUUGUCGGCGCACCUGCCUGCGGCGAUGUUAUGAAGCUUCAAAUUCGUGUUGACGAGAACGGUAUCAUUUCCGACGUCAAGUUCAAGACGUUUGGCUGCGGUAGCGCCAUCGCCUCAAGCUCAUACAUGACCGAGCGCGUCAAGGGCCUUUCUCUCGAGGAGGCCGAAAAAAUCAAGAACACUGAGAUAGCAAAGGAGCUUUGCCUGCCACCUGUGAAGCUUCACUGUUCUAUGCUUGCUGAGGACGCCAUCCGCUCAGCCAUCCGGGACUACCGCACCAAACGGAAUAAGGCUGCUAACCCCAAGCAGAGCGGGUUCAUCGACGUUUCGCAGAGCGCAGCGACCGGCCAAACGGUGGCUACCGCCCAUCCUCCAGCAUCUGCAUAA